GGCAUUCAUCAAAGUCCAGAAGACUAGGGCUUACUUUAAGCGUUUCCAGGUUAAAUUCAAGAGAAGGAGAGAGGGCAAGACUGACUACAGAGCAAGGAAUCGCCUGAUUAAUCAGGACAAAAACAAGUACAACACUCCAAAAUAUCGUUUCGUUGUCCGAUUUGUAUCCUAAACAUUUACUCUACCUUAGAAGCAUCAACUUCUUGCUUUAGAUGACUUCCUCUUGGGAUUUGAUUUAUUUAUUUUUGACAAUAUCUUCAAUUCAAGAUCAGGUUGCUAUUACUGCUAGUUCUUUCCUGUUAAUCUCUGAUGCCGAAUGGGUGAAGUUGCUAAAAUUGGCAUCAGCUGUUCUACGUUGCUUUAUUUUCCUUAACGUCUUUCAGACUAACAGGGACAUAAUCGCCCAAAUUGUGUCUGCUAGCAUAGCUGGUGACAUGAUUCUUGCUUCUGCAUAUGCUCGUGAGCUGCCUAAGUAUGGCCUCAAAGUUGGACUUACAAAUUAUGCUGCUGCUUACUGUACUGGACUUCUCUUGGCAAGACGAGUUCUCAAGAAACUCGAAAUGGAUGAGGAGUACCAAGGGAACCCUGAGGCCAGUGGAGAGGAUUACUCAGUUGAACCCGCUGAAAGCAGGAGGCCGUUCCGUGCUCUUUUGGAUGUGGGCCUUAUUAGAACUACUACUGGAAAUCGUGUUUUUGGUGCUCUAAAGGGUGCAUUGGAUGGCGGACUUGAUAUUCCUCAUAGCGAAAAGAGGUUUGCUGGGUUCAGCAAGGACUCCAAGCAACUUGAUGCUGAUGUUCACCGCAAGUACAUCUAUGGUGGCCAUGUUGCAACAUAUAUGAAGACUUUGACUGAAGAUGAACCUGAGAAAUAUCAGUCUCACUUUAGUGAGUACAUUAAGCAAGGUCUUGAGGCUGAUGAUCUCGAGGAGAUGUACAAGAAGGUUCAUGCUGCCAUACGUGCUGAUCCAAGCCCAAAGAAAUCUGAGAAGCAGCCACCCAAGCAGCACAAGAGGUACAACCUGAAGAAGCUGACUUACGAGGAAAGGAAGGCCAAGUUGAUUGAGAGACUGAAUGCUUUGAAUUCAGCUGCUGGAAACGACGAUGACGAGGAAGAUGAUGAUUGAGCGACACUAGAAUUAUGAGAUUUUGUUGCUUAUGGUUUUGUUAUACUGUCUGUUCUUCCUAGAUAGAAAUCUCAGUUUUGCAUGCUUUAGUAGAACGGUAAUCUGUCUGUUUGACAAUGUAUGAGGUUAGAUUUGACAAGUGCAUGAAUUCUGUUAAGUACUAUUGAAUAGCAAUCAGUUGUUUUGGGACCUUGACCUCAUGCUUUGGAUCAAUGCAAUGGGAUUUUUUUUGGAUUA